AUUUUUGCAUUUAUGUUUAUGAUAUCAUGUUGGCCAUAAUCACAAGUAGCAUGUUGAUGUAACUAGCUAUUAUUAUGAUUAUUUUUUUUGUUGUAGAUUAACUUUAGAUAAAGUCGAAUAAAGUAAAAACUUUAUGACGAUUUUCCACGUAAAUUUUUGACACUCAUUUGUUUGUAGUCUUUUGAGUUUUUUUAAAAUAUAUUUUGUUUGUUUUUCCUACCGAAUAAGGUAAUGAUUUUGUGGCUUGUUACUGUAUUGAAAUGUCAAGCCAUGCCCAUAUUUUUUUGGACAUGGUCUUAAGGUUAAUUAUCCUUUUUAGAUUUGUGUAUUUUGAUGUGGGUCAAAUUCUUAAGGUCAAACAAAUUGAAAUAGAAGAAUUAUUGCUAAUAGUUUAAUCUUAUAGAAAGUGAUGGAAAAGUAAGGAAUUAAUAGAUUUGCCAUUCAACAAAGGGUCUUUCUCAUUUGAAUCCUUAAACAAUAUGGGAUUUUAAAUUUUACAAAAUUUUAAAUAAUUGUAAAUUAGUGAAUUUAUUUAGUUUUGCAUUUCUACAAGGAAAACAAUAAAAUCUAUAGUAUUAUGGAAAACUUUAAAUUUAUAUUAUUGCUAAGUAAUCAAAUAUCUUUUUGUUUUGGUACACUAAAUAAUUGCCCUAUAAAAGUGAGAAUAGCAAUAUAAUUAGCCUACAAAUAAAAUUGUUAAAUAAUUUGGAUCUAGAAAGAUAUUCUAGUUUGCAAGUGUUAAAAAAUUUAUACUUUUGGUUCUUGUCAUAUUGAAGAUAUUUAGGUACAUUUAUACUCCUCUAAAUUUAAAGAAAAUUUAUUUGUUACUUUGUUUUGUCUCUAGAUUUAUAAGGGGAAAAAAAGAUUUAUAGGGGGAUUUGCACCAUUGAGGGGAUCAAUGGACAUGUGAGGUUUUUAUUUUGUUAUCUAAAACUAUAUCUUGUAAUUCCUUGUUUCAUUUCGACAUGUUUUUUUUAUACAUUACAUAUUUAUAUACUUUAAUUGAAAAAAUGAGUUGGAUGGUGGGAGUAAAAAAUGGUAUGAAGAAAAUGGGUGUUAAAGAGCCUAUAGCUUUGGAUGUAAGUGAAUCGAAUUAUUUGUGCCUGAGAUAAUUUCUUUUUUUUUAAUAAUACCUGAUUUAUUAAUAAAGAGUCAUAUGACAUCUACAUUAGAGAUAAAAAUUAGCAUAUACAUGACAACUUUAACUAAAAAUAAUUCAAAAUUAACAAAACUAUCAUCGUUGUGUAUGAGAUCUGACAAUUUUAAAUAUCCUCUUCCACAUUGCUGUUUGAUACAGCCUUCUAUAAGGGGGUCUUUCGAUCUAUUGUAGUCUUGAGAUAGAAUUGAAUUUGAUGUAGUUGAUAGUAAUUGCAAUUUUGGUGUCUGCUGUAUUAUCGCAUUAAUCUCUACCAACAAAUCAACUAAAGACCAAAAUUCAUAACCUCAAACUCUCACGAAGAUAGAGAUUAAAACCCAAUAUAUGAGUAGAAUCAACCCAAUAAAUGGGUAGAACAACUCUCCUGUAGGGAGAGGACAAAAAUUUAUUCUAACCAUAUUAAAAAAAAAAGCUUAAAACAGAGAAUUCAGGGGCAAAAGAUUGAUGACAGCCCCAAAUCAUAAAUUUUGGCGUUUUUGUUUAUCUCACGGCAGUGAAGUAGGGUUUUUUUUUUUUUUUUUUAAUUUUCUUGUAUGAGCCUUUUACGGAAAAUUGAAUGGCCAUGUCGUGUAACCAAAGGUCAAAUGUUAUUCGCUUUCCGCAUGAAGAUUGAAGGAAUGGCUAAUUCCACCCAAUGGAUUUCUAAAAGCAUAAGCCAUAAUUUAUUAGUAGAUUUUAAGCUUGAAGCUAUGAGUUUUUCUUUAAUAUAUGCACUUAUACCCCUUCCCUCUUCAACACUAUCACUUUUCCAUAAAUUUAAUUCUCUUACUAAGUAAUUUAAAGCAUUUUUUUCCCCUUUUUUUCCUUAGAAGUUAGAGAUGCAGAUGUGAUGGAUUUCGAUACUGAAGAAGUAGAUAGAAUUAGUGAUUUGCUUAAUGACAUACUUUGUCACAUUCUUUCGUUUAUUCCAACUAAAUAUUGUGUUGCGACCAGUGUUUUGUCAACAAGAUGGAGGUAUUUGUGGACUUUUGUUCCCGUACUCAAUUUUGAUGCUAGGCUUCAUCGAGGAUUUGCCCAGUCGUCAAUAUAAACGCAAAUUGGGGAUCAGAGACCACCUUCCAGAAUUUUGUGAACAGAGUAAUGCUUCUUAAUUAAGUUCCCAAUAUCUUAAAGUUUCGUCUCAUUUAUGAGUGUCAUCAUAGUGUUGCUACCAUUUCUACUUGGUUGUGGCCAUUUCCCAUAAUAUUCUAGAGCUUGAACUUGACUUUUAUUUGUUGUUCAAAGGGAAUUUGUGAAGUUGCCUUGGAAGCUUUUCAUGACCAGCACCCUUGUGGUAUUAAAGCUAUCUCGCAUGCCUCUCUUUGUCCCUUCUUUUGUUAGCUUACCUAAGCUUAAUGUACUUGAAAUCAGGAGAGUGAUGGGUUUAGAUGACAAUAAUAUUCGGAUCUUGCUUCCGGGUUGUCCAACUAUUGAAGAAUUGGUCAUAGAAGAAAGUACAAUGGAGAAGACAAGGGUGAUAGAUAUUUCUAUACCUACAUUGAAAAGUUUCCCUUUUAGUUACAGAUUUGUAAUUGACAUAUCGGUAGAUUGCCCCUAUGAAUUUGUCAUUAAUGCUCCAAAUCUCGACUAUGUCCAUGUCAAAGGUCAUAUAUCAGACAAUUUUGUGGCGAAGAGUUUGGUGACCUUGAUUGAUGCGCAUCUGGAUCUCCGACAUAUUGCUGUGGAUGCUGAUCACUAUAAUAUUUAUCAUCAUGUUCGUGAGCUCUUUAAGGGGAUAGCAAACAUAAAGUUACUUUCCCUAUCUAAUGACAGUGUUCAGUUGUUGUGUGUUGCCAAUGAUCUGAAUCUAUCUAGAUUUCCCAAUCUAAAUCCGCUGGCAUUAGGUCUUGGUGUUGAUAUUUGCUGGGAACGUUUAACGAAAAAAUUUAUCAAAUGCUCUCCAAUCUAGAAGUUCUUACGUUAAAUAACAAGCUAGGACUUAUCAGGGACAUAUAUGAAUUGCUCGAGUCCGCCACAACAUGUUUCGAAUUUUCUGCAAUCUCGUCUCAAGUGCAUUCUUCUUCAGGAGCUUUAUUAUAUAACUUUUUGCUAGAAAGGGUCGAAUAUAUGCUGCAGGAUGUGAAUAUUCUGAAGAAACUUACAAUUAUGUGUCAGUAUCCGUUUAUGCUCGGAAAUCCAAUUCCUCACACCUUUGAAUCAUAGUAACUUUUCAUCUGUGAAGAAUAAGUGACUUUUGCACCUUGUUUCGAGAAACUUGCAUCACAUUUCUUUCGGUCUUUCUCAUCACAACAAAUUAAUUUGUAUGAAUUGGCUCAUUGGUUGUUUGCGAUUAAUGCUCCUAGCGACGAGCAAUGCAUCUUAUUUUGUAUUCGGAUUUGAGCUUUUUAUGCUGUCAAGUUUGAUCUGUAUUCAAAUAUUUAUAUCAAAACUCUGAUGUUGCUAUCUUGUAUCAUUAAAAAAAUUAUGUGUUCAAAGGUUACUGAGGUGGUUGAUUGAGUAGUUUAUAAUCGAGUUGUGGAUACUUAUAGCUUUUGUUCUUUGUGUAUGACUUGUGCGGCAAAAUUGCUCCUCAUAUGUUCCUUUUAAUUUGCUUUAUAAUGGAAUUAGAGGUCUACAUAGUUAGAUUUUAAAAUAAAAUAAGAAGAAAAUAUACAGAUAAAAAUUUAAGUUUACCAUGUCAUUUAUAUAUCCACGUACUUUUUUCAUCUUCUU